AUGUCUGUUGUAAACGUUUUGGUAUUGUUGCUGAGCAUAAUCGUUCUCAUCGAACGGUGCGUAUCUUUAAACGACAAAAAUGAUUUAUUGAAAAAUGUAAACGUACCAGCGGGUGCCACGAAAACAGAGAACAGCGGUUUUUGGGAUCCUUUGAACCUGCCAAAAAGCUUUGACGCAAGAGCAAAAUGGUACAUGUGUCCGUCCAUUGGACAGAUAUACGACCAGGGUAACUGCAAGUCGAGCUACGCUAUUUCCGUGGCGUCAGCCGUAAGUGACCGGAUAUGCAUCCAUUCAAAUGGAACGGUAAGACCAAAACUGUCGGCACAGCAGAUAUUGUCCUGCUGCUACCUGUGCGGAGAUGGCUGUUCGGGAGGCCAACAUUUCGAAUCUUGGGACUUCUACAGAAGACACGGAUUGGUUUCCGGAGGUGAAUACGGUUCGAACGAGGGAUGUCAACCGUACACGAUUGAACCAUGCCAGCAUACUGAAACUGCAGUAGAAAACGCAUGCUCGAAUAAGACACUAUUCACUCCAGAAUGCAAGGUUCAAUGUUAUAAUCCCGACUAUGGGACGAGAUACGUGAACGACAACCAUAAAGGAACGCAUUAUCGUGUCCCAGGAUAUACGGCGAUGAAAGAAAUUUAUGAAAACGGUCCGAUAACGGCGUCGUUUUACAUGUACCAAGACUUUGUCAACUAUCAAUCGGGCGUUUAUGCAUACAACUCUGGAAAAUACGUUACCACUCAAGCGGUUAAAAUCCUAGGCUGGGGAGAAGAAAACGGCACGCCGUAUUGGUUGGCAGCCAACUCGUUUAACACGUACUGGGGUGAUAACGGAUUUGCCAAAAUUUUACGAGGUGCCAAUGAAUGUUAUAUAGAAGAAUUUAUGUACGCUGGAUUACCGUUGUGA